AGGCGCCCGUCGCCGCGACGCGUCGUGGAUGCGCGUGACGCGUUUCCGGCGUCCACAGGCGUCCACUUCGACGUGCUCCUGCAUAGACUUGCUCAUGACUUGAGAUCUUCAGGCCUCCUAUCUAUCUGCUAGGCACCGAAUUGAUAGCUGGCUUGACUGAGACCUCUGGCGACAAGAGUCUGCAAGUCUUGCUUCCGACAUGACCUCGGUAUCUCAGGCUGUCACAGCCGCCCUCGCCCGGCGAUGUUUCGCCAGCCACAGGGCUACCUUCACGAAGAGUUGUGCGCGCACAUACGCAUCCACGUCCGACUUUCCCAAGCCACCGCCUCCGAAGGACCUGCCUCCCCCAGAGUCCUUCACCGAAGCCUCGAAGCCCAGGCAAUACUACAAGCGGCCGGAGCGAGACCUCCCUCCAUUAGAGAGAAAAUGGCCCAUCAUCCUCGCAUUCUCAACAGUAGGAGUGGGCGCUUGGGCGGCGUUCCUGGCAUGGAGUGAGAACCAGGAGAAGUUCUCGAGCUCGGUCAUGCGUCAGAUCAUGGAGACCGUCCGCGAGAGCCCUGAGCUCAGGGAGGUCUUUGGAGAGGCGAUGCGUCCCGAGCCUGUGUGGUGGCUGAACGGAGAUCCUUGGGUCAACGGCUCGAUUCGUCUUAUGCAAGGCAUGGUCGACCUGAGCUUUAGGUUGAAAGGUCACAAGCGCGCCGGCACGCUAUACUUUACAAGCAUACGGAAAGCAAAGGGUGAACCCUUCACAAUACUGCGAUUCAAAGUCAUAGCAGAUGACGGGACAGUUGUCAAUGUACCGGCGAGUCGCUUAUAG